AUGUCUAAGAUUGAUUGUUUUUUGCUUUCAAUGGAAUGGCUUGAGGAGUUCCCACUUACAACUGUCAAGACGAUACAGAGGUUGAGUUCUGAUCAUCAACCUAUUCUUUUAAGUACGUCUACAACGAAUGGUAGCUCAAAACCAUUCAGAUUGAAUUUGGAGUGGCUGCAGCUGGACGAGGUUAGGGAUUUGAUUAAAGGAGUCUGGACUAACUGUGUGGUUGAAGGCACGAUGGACUUCCAAUUACACAAUAGGCUGCUUAUUAUAAAGCGCAAAUUGAUUGAUUGGAAGAAAGAAAAUAAUUUCGAUGUCCAAAGAAAUUUAGACAAAGUAUUACAUGAUUUAGAGAAUCUAGAUCAGAAUAUCCAAGAUAGUGGAUUGGUCUCUGAGCACUUUUUUGUGGAUAGGAGUGAGAAAUUGAAGGAGUUAGGUGAUUUAAGAAGAGCUGAAGAGAUUUAUUGGAGGCAAAGGUCGCGAUUCAAAUGGCUUAAGGAAGGGGAUCUCAACACAAAAUACUUUCAUGUAAUUGCUAGUGCAAGAAGACGGCAGAAUGAUCUUUCGGGAUUGACUUUUCCUGGGGUCGAUCCCGAUGAUGAGCAGGCUAUUAAGUUAAGCAAUGAUUAA